AUGGACGCCAAGUCCAUUUCCUUCCGUACGCAAAUUGUCCUCUCUGUGCUCCAUCCAUCCAAUGCUCACUCCCUAAACAGCCUCGUCGGCGGAAUCCGCGCCCGCCGCUGCAUCCGACAACACCCAGAAGCCCAAGGUCGGUCCGCAUCCUCGCUUGUCCAGCUUGGUCAAUCCGAUGGCAAUGGAUAUGAACUGACGCCCAAAUCACAGCCGUGCUGCGUGUGCAAAGAGGAAAAGUCCAAGCGAGACGAGUGCAUGUUAUUCUCAAAAGCAUCCGAUCCCGCCGCCGAUUGCAAAUCCUUUGUCGAGCAGUACAGGAGCUGUAUGCUUGGCUUCGGAUACAAGGUCUAA